CUGCGUUUAGCAGCGGCAAUCAUCGUGUCAUCUGCUAGCGAAGCUUUAGAACAAGUUAUAAUAUACUUCUGGAUUUACAAGAAUGAUGUAUCGACAUUGGUUAAAGUGAUUACGAUAUCGCUGGGAAAAUCAGAGUGAUUAUUACAACGAUAGGAGAGAAUGUCAGCUAUGUUUCUAUCAACGAAAAUAAGUUCUGACAGUCUUUGGAUCAUACUCCCUUUCAUCAUUUUUGAAGUGUAUGCUGUGCAGAGGUUCAGUGAAGUGCCAAAAAACACCUCUGUGAUACAAGGCCAGUCUGCCCUCCUCCGCUGUGUGGUCCGAGACAAACAGGGAUCCAUACAGUGGACCAAGGAUGGCUUUGCCCUGGGUUUUGAUCGUAGCAUUCCAGGAUUCUCCCGCUACUCAGUGGUGGGUAGUUCCCAGGAGGAGUUUAACCUGAACAUAGUGAACACCCAGCUGGAUGAUGAUGCUGAGUAUCGAUGUCAGGUGCUGCCUGCUCAGAACAACCCUCCAAUACAAGCCUUUGCUCAUCUUACAGUGCUAGUGCCGCCAUCAAUGCCAGAGAUUGAGGGUUACACCAAUGGGUCUGUGGUAGAAGUUCCACAGACACAGUCUUUGCUUAGUCUCACGUGUAAGGCAGCCAAUGGCCGACCACCAGCCACUAUAUCCUGGUACCGGAAUGGUGUGAAGGUCACCAACAAUGUGGAGUAUUCCACGCAGUCGUCAACGGGGGACAAGCGAUCCACAGCCAUCAGUGUCAUCCACAUUCGGUUGACCCAGCGGAGAGACGAGACCAAUGCAAUAUAUACGUGCCAGGCAACCAACACAGCUAUCUCAGGAAGUCCCUUUACAACAGUGGUGCAGAUCAGUAUCUUAGAGCCCCCAGGAGCACCUGAGAUUUCAGGAUACACCGAUAAACAGGUUGUACGAACAAAUGACACAUUGCAGCUGACAUGCACGUCAAGGGGAGGUAAUCCUAUUGGGACUGUAGUGUGGUAUCGGAACGAUGAGCAAGUGGACUACUCCUACGUUAGCGGCAGUGACAAGGCUGUCAAUGAAUACACUUUCACGGUGAACUCCUCCGACAACGACGCGAUCUAUCGAUGCGAGGUGUCCAAUCUGGUGACACAGCGGCCGUACACUGCCCAGUACAAGCUCACUGUACACUUCUCUCCAAAUCGAGUUGCAAUAAAUGGUGGUGACCGCCCCGCCAAGGCUGGUCAGACGGUCAAGCUGGACUGUGUGUCAUCCAACAGCAAUCCAGCUGCUGUCAUCACCUGGUUUGCCAGGGGGAGACAACUUGCACAGACCGACACCAGGGUAGAGGCUUCCCCAGAUGGCGGCUAUAUAUCUAAGUCAACAUUAUCUGUGCAGCUGUCCCACCAAGAUCACAACGUGAAGUACACUUGCCAGGCUACCAACCCAGCACUGGGCCAGAGUGUGGAUGACACUGUCACGCUUAGUGUUUUGUAUCCCCCCAAUAAGCCCAUCAUCUCGGGAUACACGGAGGGCAACGCAAUCAAGGCGGGAGAGCUGGCCCGCAUCACAUGUCAGUCUUCAGGAGGGAACCCUGUAGCUAAGCUGAAGUGGUACAAAGGAUCAAGGAAAAUUUCUUCUGAGAACACAAAGCGUGGUAACUUAGCCCAAGCUGUGAUACAGGUGGUGGCAACACCCAAUGACAACGGAGCUACGUACAAGUGUACAGCACAGAACGAAGCAACUGCAUCUCCCUUGGAAACCUACGUCAAUCUGACAGUCCUGUUCCCCCCAGCAUCAGUGAGCAUCAAAACGUGGCCAGCCAAACCUAAAGCAGGACAGUUGAUGAACAUCACAUGCGUGUCUGCCUCCUCCAACCCGGCAGCAGACAUCACCUGGAUCAAGGGUGCCGACCGACGCCGGGUCCAGGGCAUCGACAGAGGCGAGGCGGAGGCGGAGAAUGAUGGAAAAUCUACCACAAACGUCCUCGAGUUUUUGCCAACAUCAGCAGAUCACAAUGCUUAUUUUGGUUGCCAGGCAACAAACAGAAUAUUUGGGCAGGCUGUCACUGAUGCUCUUACCCUUAAUGUGUUGUUUGCACCAGAGUUUAACAGUACGGGUGUCCCAGAGAAGGUGGAUCUGAUAGAAGGGAACAGUGUGUCACUGAACUUCUCCACAUACUCUAACCCCCCGGAGGUCACGUACAAGCUGUACCGGGGCAAUGUACAGCUGUCCCUGCCCAGUGAUAUUCCCCGCUUCAAGCUCACCGAGGGCAUCCUCAAAAUCACCAAGAUCCGCCGAGGAGAUAGAGGGGACUUCACCAUUAAAGCUUCUAAUGCUGAAGGCUUCACAACACACAACUUCUCCAUUGAAGUCAGAUAUGCAGCCACUAUAAAGAAGAUCUCCGGGAAAGUCAUGGAGGAUGAGGGAGGCGUGGCGUUCUUUGAGUGUAUUGGUGACGCCAACCCCAUCACCCCCAACAUGGUCAUCUGGUCCCGUGCCAACUACGACAUGUCCAAGACAAGGCAGACAUAUGAGAAAGGAAAAGCACAUUUAACCGUCCAUGAAUUGUCCCGUACAGAUACGGGUGAUUUUGUGUGUACUGCAGACAACAAGAUCGGCAAAGCUGCUACCAAGAAGGCUAAACUGAUCGUCAAGUAUGCACCAGUGAUAGAUAAGUCCCCUGAGUACUCCAAGGCUGCCAGUGAGGAGAAGUCCACGGGGAAGCUGAUCUGCAAGGCAUCAGGGGCCCCUAGCAUCACAUUCACCUGGUUCAAGAAUGGUCAAACUAUUGACACAUCCAAGUCCAAGUACUCUGUGUCUACGUCCAAGUCGGGUGACGUCGACUACACCAACACACUGCAGGUGAAGGCGGUGGCCAAGGGCGACUAUGGACGCUACAUGUGUAAAGCCACCAAUGCCAAGGGCACAGACUCCAUAGACAUCGUCUUGGAUGGAACAAGUAAGCCUGAUCCCCCAUAUGACAUCCAGUUUGUCAACGCUACCCACAACACAAUCACCAUCUCAUGGAAGCCAGGCUUUGAUGGAGGACUCAUCCAAAACUUCCAAGUGAGAUAUCGCUUAAAAGGAGAGAGGGGAUUUGUGUAUAUUGACAUCACCAUCCCUGGCACAACCACCUUCAUCAUCAAAGGUUUAAAGCUUGGAAGUGAAUAUGAAAUAACGGUAAUGGCUUUCAACAGCAAAGGGAAAAGCCAAUUCCAGGAAAAGUUCAUCAGAGCAAAAAACCUCAAAUGUGGCUCCCCCAGAAGAUAUCACGUCAACGUUGCCGAAGACGAAGUCCCCGUAAUCAUCAUCCUUGUCGUGUGUAUUGUGGGGAUCUUCCUCCUCACACUCAACGUGGGAUUAAUUCUGUUCUUCGUGAGAAGGAGACGUAAGCGGCUGGAGAAUGGCAGUGACACAACGAGCCACACCAACACUUUCGAACUGUAUGGACACACCAAGGGGGAUGGAGGGGUGUACCCCAUGUCUGCUUCAGAGGAUGGCCGCAGCUACGGAACCUAUGACAAGAGCAUGGAUGACUUCUCAGAUGAUUACAGCAAAGAUUACGAGAAUGAUGACUGCAAGCGAGUUUUUCUGCCCCAGUCAGACUAUGGAAGUCGGCCAUACACUCCAAAUAAAUUGGAUUCCCCACGAAUGGGACAUAAACAGACAUAUAUCCUGGACGAUCAAGGGAGGCAAUCGCCUUGGACAGAAGAUCCCUAUCGUGUUGCUCUGCCCAGGAAGAAAGGAACAUUUGAAAAUAGCCCAGACAAAUCUGGCCGGAGCAGUAGACAAGACACUAGACCCAAAAGUAUAACAGAUUAUUGUGAUCGCCCACCAAGCCGUCCACCCAGCAGAACGGGUAAAACACCUCCACCCCCUCCCGUCCGAACCUCAAGCCGAGGAGCCGCUGAUCAGUUACCUCCCCUGCCAGCCAGGAACUAUGGCCCCCAGGACUUGCCACCGCGCUACACCUCACCCCCCGGACUACCAAGAGGCAGAGAGUCAUAUUUGAUUGCAUGAUGCAAUGUUGAUGUGCUAUCUCCAAACAUUGUGUCCAACCUCAACUAUGAUGGUCCUCCCAUGAGGUCCCCCUCCCCACGUGCGAUGCAGAAUGGUAGUGAGAUGCGGGGACAUCUAGUGUAGCUGCCAGCAUCGAUCCUACAGGAUGCACAGAAACAACUAUAUCCUGCUUUACUUCACCAUGUAUUACGGACAAGAUCUGUAGAAAUCAGAAAGGCUAGAACAAUACCAGUUUCAGUAGAGAUAUUGUUGAAGCCAAAAUGAAGGAUUAUUAACUUCUGCCACAAACUUGCUUACGUGAAGAAUUGCCAUUAAUGAUGUGUUGAUAGACAAAUUCUUUCAUUUCAUGCAGACAUGUGUAAGGAAGUGUUGGACUGAAACUUGUUCAUACAUUUACCAGUCUGACUCAUAUUUCUUUCUGAACCCAGCAUUUGAAGAUGUCUACACAAUAUAAAUAAAGGUUCUUAUAAAUAUCAUGGAUCUUCUAAAUACAAACUUUGAAAAACACUUAUGUAUAUUAAUGCGAAGUUUUGUAAGUAUUUCUCUGAAUGUUUCGUUCAUGUAGACUUGAGAACUAUGUGCGGAUGAGGCACAGGCUGGUCAACUAGUGGACGAUCAACAUGAUACUGGUCAAAGUUCAAGGAUAUUGAGCGAUACAAAUUGAAUCCUUGAUUCACCAUCUAUGCAUAAUGCCACAGAUCCGUGGCUCACUGAAUGCUUGUGUACUUUACAACUGCUAAACUAGCAAUGUGAAAUGAAAUUCAAAGCUAUAUAUGGGAUCUAGAGACCUGUUAAUGUUUAUUUUAAAUUGAAUUUACAACAGUUAUGUUUAUGUGCAAUAUUUGAAUUUGCAUCUCAGAUUAAUAGCUUUGUUAUUGACUGCAAUGCUAGUGAGUGUUGAGUGUUGCAGAGUUGUAUACUAUGCACAUACCAAUCAAGGGCUGACUGGUGCGAGACUUGGUCAAAGGGAAGCAACUCUGUCAUGAGGUGCAGUAGAACGCUAUCUUGUGCAACUAAGUCAAGAAGUGAUAUUGACAUUCUUCCAAGCUGACACAAGACAGUUGGUGGUCAUAUGAUUGUUGUGUUUUACCAAUAUUAAAGGUAGUAUAGUAGUAUUCAUUUGUUUAUAUCACAUCUUGAAGAAAAUCUGUUGACAAGAAUGAGUUUAACAUGGGAUUUUGUUCAAGUCAUAAAUGUGCCAUUGUGAAACUGAUUCAUUGAAACAUAGUGAUCCGUAAUGACACAUAUUUCAUGUUUGAUUGGCCGGUCGGACACAGCUCAUCAAUAAUGGUGCUAUAGACAUUUAUUCUUUGUAGAUUUCACCUGAAACUGUGUGAACACAUGCUUGUAUGAAUGUGGAAUUUAAUUUAUAUUGUCAGAUGUUGUGUUGAGAUGAAAAGCUUUAAAAAAAGUAGGGAGCAUGUUGCACAUUAUUGGUAGUUAUGUGCAUUGGUUGAAGAACCUAGAAAAGGUUUUUAAAACAAAUGAGAUUUAGCAUAUUCCAUUAAAAAAAAUAUACUAUUUAUUAUCAAAUUCUAUUAGCUGAAGUUUGUAAUUUGUGUUUUAGAGUGCACUGUGUCUGUUGUUUACUGUUGUAGUUGUGAGACAGACUUCCUGUAUAUAUCUGCAGAGUGUAACAUAUGGUAUUUUUAUAUCACUGUAAAUGAGGCUCAUUCUCCUGUUGUGACACUGAUAUGAUGAUUUUUUGUCAGAAAUUUCAUAAAUUUUCAUUUUUGUUUCUAUCAAAAAAUUAUUGUAGAUAUUGAAUUUUGUAGAUUUUAGUUUUAUUUAAGGACAUUGUUUUUGAAUGCCAUUAUAAAUUCUGUAAACAUAUUUUCCGCAAUAUCAUAUUUUGUUCCCAUGUUGUUACAUAUCCAACUUUACAAUGCCUGAAACUUCUCUAAAUACUUACUUGGUAUUUCUUUUUAAAUCAUCACAGGUAUACUUAAGCACUGAUUGAAGAAAUUGGUGACAAAGAGCCAGACCAUAUUUUAUACAUAUUUCAUUUGACAUUUUCUUAGACAGUGGUCUAUAGAGAAGUAAGAGGAAGUUGUCAUUUAAAUGGACACAGUCUUUUAUUGUUCACACUUCUUUUUCUUUUCAUGAACUCACUGUAGGAUCUUCUGGAAAAGUUGUCUGGCUAAAAAUAAUUCCAGAAACACUAAACUGCAUUGCGUAAUAAGAAUCACAGUAAGGUUGCAGCUGUUAAAUAUCAUGUGAUUAUUUAGGGGUACAUUGAUGCCUCUGGCGUAUAGAGGGGACAGCCAGCCUUUGAGAAGGCAAGAUACCUUAGGGUUAGAGCAUUCACUAUUCCUGAAAAAGGCAAGGUACCUUGGGGUUAGAGCUUUCACUAUUCCUGAAAAAGGCAAGGUACCUUGGGGUUAGAGCUUUCACUUAGAGAAGACAGUAUUACUGGUGGUUUAAAGUGUUCACCUGUCAUGAAAUAGUUUCAGUGUGUUACAUUAUUGCUGUCACAAUCUAGAUACAGCUGCAGUAUUGCUACCAGUUGCAUAUAAGUACUCAGACACACUUACCAGUGUUGCCUGUAGAUAUACAUGUAGUGUGUUUUCUAUGAAGAGUGAAGCUUUAACUGAGAAAGAUGAACAGACACAUACAAGCAAAGCUUGGCUGAGGUAGAAAAUAUGUGUGAUGUAUUUCAAAGGUUAACAGGUCCACAUACAGAAGUUCCAUUAUAAGAAGGACUUCACAUAUAGGAGAGAAAUCUUAGGAAUGAAAGUUUUAUAUAUCAGUUGUUUCUGAAAGAGUAUACAUUGUCUUCAUAUACUACAUCUUCAGGUAGCAGAGGUUAGCCAUCAAUACCUUCCCUGUGUGAUGUCUGUAUCUAUAGUGUACAUACCUGUAUUUAACUGUGUGUAUUUAAUGUACAAAUGUAGCCGUGCAUCAAACAAUGUACACUGGAUGUGUGAGAGAAUGCAUGAUUUUCAACUUUGUACAGGAGAUCCAAUAUAUCAGUCACAAUUGCCUUUACUUCUGUAUACCACUUCUGUAUACAUCAGUGUCAUUUCUGUAUACAUCAGUGUCAUUUCUGUAUACAAUGCCACCAUCCCAGUGAGUGGUCAAUUAACAGUGUGUGUUUGUAAACAUGCUCAGAAGGUUAUUAACAGAGACAUGUAUACUGUUAUACUGCUAAUCAAUACAUCUGUCUCACAGGAAGGGGUUUGUUUACUUGGGGGUUUCAGGGGGGUCUGGUCUAUGUCCAUAUUAAUCAAAGGAAAGGCAAAUUAUGACAUCAUCUUGGAGCAGAAAUAAUUUCUGAAUUUGAUAUUGUUUUUUUUUUAUACAGAAGCCUUCAAACUGCACCUUGACAUAGAAAUGAAUUCACAAUGGUAGAACUCAUUUUCAUUGUUAAUUUUAAAAUUGUUGAAAGAGAUUUUGAUAUUUUCAUCAGGAGAAUUGACCCACCUUACCUGUGGGUCUCCAGGUCUGCUGCCUUAUACAGAGGCGUGACCUGGAGCCACACUAAACACAUCUAGUCACACAUGGAUCACUGGCUUCUACCUACCUGCAUUAAUUACUGAUGUGUAUCAUAACAAGUUUAUCAGUAAUAAAGUAUAUUUUGAUUGUCUAGUA